UAUUACAGUAAAAAACUCUCAUAUAAAAUUACAUCUCAACUCGAAUCAGCGAAGUGAACGGACCCAUUGAGUUCUCAAAAUGACUCACUGCUUUUAGCUGCAACUCAAAAUCAAAUCCAACAGUCAUUUCCUUGGCUGAAACAUCUAUUUUUGCUUUUCUAACUAUCUUUUUCUUCCAGAUUUUAUUUAGUCCACCAAUUAUUCAUUUCUCUUCUAUGGCGAUCGACAGAAUUUUCAAAGAUGAAGCGAGCGAAGAGAAAGGGGAGAGGGCCAGAAUGGCAUCGUUUAUUGGUGCAAUGGCAAUAGCUGACUUGGUCAAGACAACCCUAGGACCAAAGGGAAUGGAUAAAAUUUUACAAUCAACAGGUAGAGGACAUGAAGUUACUGUUACCAAUGAUGGUGCCACCAUUCUAAAGUCCCUGCACAUUGACAAUCCUGCUGCUAAAGUUCUAGUUGACAUUUCAAAAGUACAAGAUGAUGAAGUUGGUGAUGGGACAACUUCUGUUGUUGUUUUGGCUGGUGAACUUUUAAGGGAAGCAGAAAAGCUCGUAAACGCAAGGAUUCACCCAAUGACUAUCAUCUCAGGUUUUCGAAUGGCAGCUGAAUGUGCCCGUAAAGCCCUGCUGGAGAAAGUCGUGGAUAAUAAGACCGAUUCUGAGAAAUUCAAAUCAGACUUGAUGAAGAUUGCAAGGACUACUUUGAGUUCCAAAAUUCUCUCACAGGACAAAGAACAUUUUGCUAAACUUGCUGUGGAUGCUGUACUACGACUUAAGGGAAGCACUAACUUAGAGGCUAUUCUGAUCAUAAAGAAGCCUGGGGGAUCCCUAAAAGAUUCCUUUUUAGAUGAAGGGUUCAUUCUUGACAAGAAAAUAGGUAUUGGGCAGCCCAAACGCAUAGAAAAUGCAAAGAUUUUGGUGGCAAAUACUGCUAUGGACACAGACAAAGUGAAGAUCUAUGGGGCCCGUGUUCGUGUUGAUUCAAUGUCCAAGGUUGCUGAAAUUGAAGGGGCUGAGAAAGAAAAGAUGAGAGAAAAGGUUCAAAAGAUAAUAGGUCAUGACAUAAACUGCUUUGUUAACCGACAGUUGAUUUACAAUUUCCCGGAGGAGCUCUUUGCAGAUGCUGGAAUCCUUGCAAUUGAACAUGCUGAUUUUGAUGGCAUUGAGCGCCUGGCUUUAGUAACUGGGGGUGAAAUUGCAUCGACCUUUGACAAUCCAGAAUCUGUUAAGCUUGGGCACUGCAAGCUCAUUGAGGAAAUCAUGAUUGGUGAGGACAAGUUGAUCCAUUUUUCUGGUGUUGGAAUGGGUCAGGCUUGCACAAUAGUGUUGAGAGGUGCUAGCCAUCACGUGCUCGAUGAGGCUGAUAGAUCUCUGCAUGAUGCCUUGUGCGUGCUGUCUCAGACAGUCAAUGACAGCAGGGUUUUGCUGGGAGGCGGAUGGCCUGAGAUGAUCAUGGCAAAGGAAGUCGAUGAGCUGGCCAAGAAGACGCCCGGAAAGAAGUCCCAUGCAAUUGAAGCUUUCUCGCGGGCACUCUUGGCAAUUCCAACCAUCAUUGCAGACAAUGCUGGUUUGGAAAGUGCUGAGUUGAUCGCUCAACUCCGCGCAGAACACCAAAAAGAAGGAUGCACUGCUGGAAUUGAUGUCAUCACUGGUUCUGUUGGAGAUAUGGCGGAACUAGGAAUUUCAGAAGCAUUCAAAGUUAAGCAGGCCGUAUUGCUUUCUGCAACAGAGGCUGCUGAGAUGAUUCUUAGGGUUGAUGAAAUUAUCACGUGUGCGCCACGGAGAAGAGAAGACGGAAUGUAGAAGAGAUGUGGAUCGUUUUGGCUGGGAAACAACAUUUGUUUUAACAUCUAACCCCGGCAUGUGCUCUGUCGUUGAUUACUAUAAACACUCAUAGUUGGAUCAUGGAUGGGACGACAAAUAUAGCCGAGAACUGGGUUGGGUUGUGGAGGAAAUUUUUGUUGGCUCGUCCCUUUUUUUUUUUUUUUUUUUUUUGUGUUGUGGUGGUGCGCUUGUUAAUCUUAUGAGAGAUACUUUCCGUUUUGGUUGUGGGCCAUAUGGCACGGAUGUUAUUUAAUUUGCAAGCGGAAAAAGAGACAAAAACGGAGAGAAGGUUUUCAAGUAACCCAGCUGGGAAAAUUGGAAUGGAAUCAGCUGUUCCAAAACCAGAGAAAAUGGAGAA